GCAUCCGUUUUAGAUUCGUGUUUUAUGUUGUUGACCUAUAUUUUGGCGUCUACCGCUCAAAAUUUCAAUUUCAAAUGAUAAAUGUAAACAACUCUUAAAAGUUAUACUCUAAAGGAUGGAUUUAAACUUCAUAACAGAUUACCUAACGUCAAUCGAUGCAGAUGUCAUUCUUCCACUAGGCAUUAUUUUGUUUUUACUUGUAGUACCAUGGGGUCCAGAAAUUUGGCAGAACUUUUUCACUUUUAUGUUUGCAGUGAAAGGUUUCGCAUUACUCAUAUACCCAGAAGUAGUUGCAGGAUAUUUGAUUCAGAACAAGGUUGAUGCCCUCCAUCUCCAAGAAAUUAGAUGUCUGGGUAUAAUUCUGCUUGCUGAUGCUCUUUCACAUAUUUUAACUAGAAAGUCCAGUGACCCAACAGUGAAAACAUCUCUACUUUGGUCCAGGACAUUGUACUUUGCUACUUUAUCAAUGUUGAUGUACUUCACAAUGAAAGCAGCACCAGAUAGCAAGAAGAAUAACUUAAAUUUGAAGUUGUAUCAAGUGUCAUUGCCUGCUACAGUAUUAUUUCUUUGUGGAUAUUUAUACUACUCCUUAGCAGAACCAGAUUGGGGAGGAUAUUCAGAACAAAGCAAAACAUGGAGAAAUGUGAACAUCAGGUUGGAUUUCCUUAUUUGGUUCCUCCAUGGUAUAUUGUCCUUUGUUUUCCCACAUAUCCAAUGUAAAUUCCAGACUACCCUGGCUCCUCUGGACAAUGCUCAUGGUUUCUUGGCCCGUGGAUUGGGAGCUAGUUUCCUAAUGUUCGCUGUAACAGCAGGUCGCAGCGUCAACUUCCUGCGAGAGGAAGACAAGAAGUCUAUACUGCUAUCACAUGGUGUUGCUAAUCUGCUGUUCCUGAUGACCAUGGCAUUCUGUCAGAUGUUCACUAAAGAUUUCUCUGAAUGGCACCUGUACUAUGGAAUGAGUUUUGUAGCUUUGACAGCUAUAAACGAUUUCCUUGGAUGUGAUGUUCCCAAUAUGGCAACAUCUGCAAAAUUUCAAAUUAGAAAUUUCUUUUCAACAAAGGAAGAUUAAUCUUGUUCACCUGCAUGUUUAACAUAAAUGUAUUUUUGUGUAGUUUUUUUACAGCACCGUCCUUAUGGCAUUUUUUCUUGCUAUUAGGAAUGUCUACAUAAUUUUGGAUGUUUUUAAACAAAUUUAUAUUUUCUUAUUAACAAAUUUGAUAUUGUGUAGCAAUUUCAUACAGUAAAAACUGCCUUUUUAUAAAUUUUAAACACUUUUACAUGUAGAUUUAGAUUUUGUAGUUCUAGCAGCCAAUAUUUUAAAGCACAUGUAGAUUUGAUUUUGUAAUUCAAGCAGCUCAUAGUUAAAUUAUAAUGAGUUUUUCUUCUGUUGUCAUCAUAUCUAAACUUAUGAACCUAUUUGAGGUGGAGGCAUAACAAUAAAAAUUAUGAAUUCAAAAACUGAUUUUCAAUAAUUGGUAUACAUAUGGAAUAAUUAUAUUUACUAUUAAUUUGUUAAGGUAGAUUCACAUUGUUUUUACAGGUUUUAGGAAAGUAUUACUCUUUUUAUUAGGUAAAUAGUAUGACUGAAUUUUACAGUAUUUACAUUGCAAAUUCUAAAUUUUCCAGUAAAUUUCAUCUAUUGAAAUUCCCAAACUAAACAUAAUUCAAAAUUUGACACUUGCGUUUAAAGUUGAUUGUUAUGUCUUAUACAUUUAAGGGAGAUAACUAUUUCACUUAUGAAAGUCAUGUAAAUUUGUAUGUGUGAUUGAAUGAGCGUCAGUUUCAUGCUGAACCAGGCAUAAUUUAGGUUCAUUAUACAGUUAUAUACGAAUGCAAUAUAAACGACAUUUUCAUGUAACAUGUCUUAGUACAAUGUAUCAUUUUUGAAUCUCCCAUUUUAUUUUGUAUGUUUGUAAAUAUUAUAUUUUAUGUGUUACAGUAAAUCAAAUCUUCUCAUAUGAUAUGCAUAUUUUAAUCAUCAUGAUAGCAUAAUAUUCAUCAGAGUUCUAUUGGAAAUUUGAAUACAGGUUUUUAUCAUCACAGUACUUUUUUUGGGUAGAACCAUUUAUUAUAAUUUUGAUUGUUAACCUUUCUAUGCACAUGCUCAAUUGUCUGUACAAUGUCAGGAAAUUUAACAGUGGUUGUCCUCUUGUAUAUCUGAAUGUUGCUUUGUCCUUUAUUGAAAUUGGUGUUGGUAGCUAUAUAGUGGCAGAUCAUGGAAAGUUUCAGGUCAAAAUGAAAACAACUUUUUUAAAAACUUCAUGGGGCUAUGUAGAGCUUUGUGUAUUUCUCUAUUGUUGGAAACCAUACACUGAACUUUAACUGCAUUUUGUUUAUUUGGACUGUUUGGUUGCUUUCUAUUGAAUUUCACCUGACAUAUCCUUUCAUGAUCAUUCAAAUUUGAUUUUGCAAAAAAACAGUAAUAACAAAGUAAAGGAAGCUGGCUUGUCAUGUUUUGGAAUUUUUGUUAGAUUUUCGGUAUCCUCUGGUUUUAUCUAUGUGAAUGCCUUGAAAAAUUUUGCCUAUUGACCCCCAUUGUUCUUUUUGUAAAUCUUCUACAUGUAUAAUUAUAAGUCAUCUGUAAAAGUCUUAUAAAAUUUAUUACUCUGUAACAGUUUUUGAGAACUUCAACUUGUCAAUGAUAAAGCUAUGAAAAGUCCAGAGAGAAUAUUUUCCCACCAAAAUUUCAUUGGCUAAUAGCUCGAAAACAAGCAUGGUGACCAAUAUAUUUUAUUGCUCUUUGGAUUCCUUUAUUUAUCCCCUAUCAAUAUAAUCUAGUGUUUUGAAAAGUUAAUUUCUUUGAAAGCUGAGAAGCGAACUCCCUUAAUUUUGUUAUAUAUUAAAACAGCCAUUUCAGGGGAGAUAAGUUGCUCAAAUGAGUUUGUUUACACAUCCCUAUAGAAAAUUAUUUUAUUAUUAACUUUAAUUAUGUAUUACAAAUUUUGAUUCAUAAUAUUUAUGAUUUCUUUUAAAGAAUUAUAUUAAAGAUUGAUGAUAUUUAUGGUUCUUUAAGGUUUAUAGUACAGGGUCUUAUUGCUCAUUUUGCAAAAUAGCAAGUUGAAUCAUCAAACUAUGUGUAUGAUACUAGUUAUCAUAGGUAUAAACAACUUUUUUUCCUAAAUCAUCUUGAUAACCAUUGUAAUAUUUUAUGCAUGUAUUAUGAUGUUUCGGGAAAGUUUUGGUUAGGUAUAGAUGUACAUAUUUUCAUGAUGCAUGUAAUAAAAAUCAUAUGUACCUUC